AUAACGUAAUAUCAAACUCAUUAUUCAUAGAAAUCAACCUUAAACCCUUGUUAUCACUUAAUACUGUAAUUUAGUGAUAUUCUCCUUCAAUUAUAAGUGAGAGGCAUUGAAUUAGAUUAUUGUUAAAGGAAAAUUCGAACCAGAUUAUUACCUAUGAAUGAAAUAUUUAAGCCUGGAUUUAAAACACCGGACAUUGUCCUGUCCCACAAAUUAUCUUCCCCCUCUGGAAAAAAAAAAAAAAAAAUCGUGCCUCUUGCUCUUGCCUGCUGCAACUUUGCAAUCCCUCGCUCUCAACUCAAGGCAAAUUCUUCAAAGUAAGAAUUCAACACAAACAGUAAAAUAAAAUCCAAAGAGGCGAAGAACUGGGAUAGAAUACAACUAUCAACAAUGCCAAACUUGGUCCUCCACCACCCACUACCACUCACCCCCUUUCUUUCCCACCUUCCAUCAUCAUCAUCAAGCUUUCGAAUUCGGAACCAGAAAUUAUCGGCCUCGCUUCCCCCAAAAAAUCCUGCGGUUGUACUCCGUUGGCGGCCCAACACCAUCAGGUGCAUGGCGAACCCGCGCAGAGUGGCAAUGGUGGCCAAGCAGAUAAGGAGGGAGCUGUCUGACAUGCUCAUAACUGAUAAGGUCUUGCAGUACGCUAUUCUUCCUGAGGUUUCUUUGGGUGCUGAUCGUUUCCUCUCGUCGCUAACCACCAUAAGCGAUGUUGAAGUCUCCACCGACUUGCAGGUGGUUAAAGUGUAUGUUUCUAUUUUUGGCGAUGAGAGAGGGAAGGAGGUUGCCCUUGCUGGGCUAAAGUCAAAAGCCAAAUAUAUCCGAGGUCAAUUGGGAAGGCGUAUGAAGCUGCGGUUGACUCCUGAGAUACGCUUCAUAGAAGAUGAGUCAUUAGAGAGAGGAAGCAGGGUGAUUGCAAUAUUAGAUAAGAUAAAGAAUGAAAGGAAAGAUGAGGAAAUUCAAGAUGAGGAACAAUUGGAAUCAUCCGAGGCACCUGAGGAUGACGGAGAUUGGGAGGCUGAUGACCCUGAUGAAGACAUUAUAUACAUAAAAUAGUUACUCUCCCUAGUUCCUGAGCAUUAUGCUAUUUUGAUUGAAGCUUGGCUUCGCUUGUCUACAGGCAAGCACGAUAAGUCACAACGCUAACCUAGACAGAAAAACUCUUCACGGCUGGAGCCCCAUCGUUUGAAUUACGAGCUUCAACCAUGGCACGCCUUGUAAAAUUACCUAUAAUGUUUCCAUUCUUUUCUUCAGGUAUGCUUUUGAUUUGCUUUUUGUUUUGGUCAUCUAAAACCGGAAGCAGAAAUUGUGGUAUUUAUAGUGCUAGAUGGUUCACGAAGUUGACAAUCCACAUGAUGUGAAUGGAAUUCUCUUAUAAACAUGUCUGCCUUUGUGAUAUUCUGAUGUGUCUGUUACCGAUAUCACCUACUAGUUACUGAUGCUUGUGGUCAAUAAGAUGCCGCAGCACUAGCUCGUAUUCUCGUCCAGUGGUCAGUUUAACGGGACACAACUGAAAAUUUAUCAUAAGCACGUCGACGAGCCUUGGACUCUAUUUACCCCAUGCUGGGAAUUAAUAAUGUAUGAUUUGCAAAAGAAGUAGUCUGUGUUGAGCAUCCACGGGGUUUGGAUUUAAAAGCUUAGGAUGAUGUAUGAUGUUACAAGAGCAGAGACAAGGAUGAAAUAUGAAUAAAUGGAGUUUCGAGAGCUGCGAAACUAAAUCUACCCCUACUCUCGAGAAACUUGUCUCCCUCUGUGAAAGUCUUUCUCUCCUCCCCCGUGAGAACCUUUUCAGCCUGUGUGCUGAGCCUUCUUCAGACUUCAUCUCCUCCGCCGCCGGCCCUUGCCAUGGCCUGCGUCGGUGGCUCUCGGGUUUAGUUCUCCCUGCAAUGUUUCUGCUGAUCGUCACCAAUAUGUGCUUUAAUUUUCCAAAUCCUAUGCCAUCAAUUCCAAUUUCUUUUCACCAUCUUUCCCAUCCUCCACCUCCUAGGCUUUCCUCUACCUAUUUGGUUUCGGAUUUGUAGCUACUUUCCUUAAACGCGUUUUGUCCCAAUUUUUUAAGGAUGUGCGUAGAGCUCCGGUGCAGGUGAUCUCACCACCACCUCUCAUGGAUCGGGAAGUGCAUUUUGCUCCGGUUCGGGUGUUUAUACCACCACCUCCCAUGGAUUUGUCUUCGACGAGUUUUUUGCCUUCGAUGACUAUGUUGCUGAUGAGUUCUCUCACAAGCUUGCUGUGUUUCGCUACAGAUCUGUCAUCUAUGGUGCUUUGUGAAGGUUGUUGGAGUCGUCUUUCCAUCAUUUUUGUGGAAUUGUUUGGCUGGAUUUUUUACGCCUGUUGGACGAACGUUCUUCAACGAUGCAUCGGCGGCGGUUGCAAGGAAGAUAAGGUUUUGUGUUUCUGUUGUUGUUUCUGGGCUCAAACUUUUGGUUUGGGCUUGUUUCGGGGGUCCAUAUUUUCUUUUAGGCUUUUCUUGUAAUUAGACCUCAACUGUUGUAAAUUUUAAUGUGGUUCGGCAACAAAUCUUCCGCUUUUACCAAAAAUAAGAAGAAGUAAAUCUACCCCUUUAGCGAUAUAGUCA